AGAACGAACGAGAGUUGCCGUCACGCAACACGGAAGUCAUACUGUUUGAAGUCCACAUCCACAACAGGACCAUUAUGUUGAACAAUUUUUGUUUACGUUUGGCUUUAACGUUAUAUUUCUUGUUUUAACAGAAAAUGUCGAGUGUUUCGCAAUAUUUCCUGUGCAUUCGUCUCCAUUCUUCACUCUUCGUGCAUUGUGUGAGCAUGUUCACCGUUAUGCAUUCAGAACACCAAUAAUGAGACAUUAGAUCGUGACAAGGACACCUAUAAGAUGAACUCGAGGACAAAGGCGGACAUUGAAAGCUUGAGAGGUGUCAAGACAAAAAGUUCCCAUCACAAGAUCGCCUCUAAGCAGAAACGGACCAGAAACGCUCUGGAAAGAUGGUUACUUAAGCCCACCUCAAAUCCAAACACUUCUGAAAUGAUGCUUACAGAUGGACCUCAAAACCCCACAAGUCACUCUUAUGAUGGCCAUAAUGCUGUUUCAGACUCCGACGAUGACACGCAACCUAUAAUAUCACAAGGCAUGGACUGCGACGGCCUUGACCCUGCCCUGUCGAUUCAUUCCGAAAAUCAACACGUGCUUCAUGAUGGCAGUUCAGAGAAACCUGAAGUAGCAUCAAGUUCCACUAGUGCAGGGUGCUUUAGCAGAGCCAAAAUAACAGACUUCUUUUCGGGGGCUUCAGCUGCAUACUCGAGACUACGCAAGCCUGAUAAGGGCUUUGAACUACGGGACACAGGUGAGGAAAAUGAUGCCAUCUGCCUCGGAACGCCGGUUAGCGAGCUGAGAAGGAUGCCCCAAUGCGGCAAAAAACUUCCUCCUCUCAAGGAUGUUCCUGGUGUUCACACUGUGAUGAUAAGGACCGAUCUCAUUAAGUAUGCAACUGUUCCAUAUCCUUCCACAUUUGAAGAUACCUGGGAUGACGUCCAUGUUAAAAUGCCAUGUUCCAGGAAGAAUCUAUUUCCUGUUCAAGAUGAGGAAUCACAAGAACUUCAAAACAAAAGUCGGUGGGAUUUGAUCAAGCAGACUUUGACGAAACGAAUAAGCAGCGCUGAUGAGUUGAAAAAAGCAAUAUUGAAGUAUUGUGCAUCUACUGCAAAGAAGUGGGACUUCACUGCACUACAUUUGUACUGCACUAAGGUCCUGGAGCCUGCCGCCGCUGAACAUCUGUUUGGCUCCCUGCUCCCAAAGCUGGUGCAAUUAGCACUUAAGGCACCAGAGCUGUGCACCAAGCCCAUACCGCUCCUCAAGAGGGGCACCAGCCACUCCAUCAGCAUGUCGCAGGAGCAGGUGGCCUGCUUGCUCGCCAAUGCCUUCUUUUGCACUUUCCCGCGGCGUAACUCUCGACGCAGCGAGUACGCCAACUACCCAGACAUCAACUUCUUUAGGCUGUUCGAAGGGUCCUCAUCCAGGAAGACUGAGAAGUUGAAAACGCUGAUGUGCUACUUUAAAAGCAUUAUUGAGCAAAAGCCUACAGGUGUGGUCACGUUCACACGAAAAAGCUUGGAAUAUCCUCCAGAUUGGGAAAGCUCGGAGACCCUGCUAACAAAGCUGCACAUUGCAUCUGAAGGAACCAUUGAAGAUGAAGGUUAUGGAAUGCUUCAGGUUGAUUUUGCCAAUCAGUUUGUGGGAGGAGGAGUCACCAGUUCAGGUCUUGUUCAAGAGGAGAUCCGUUUCCUCAUUAACCCUGAGCUUAUUGUGUCUCGCCUAUUUACUGAAGCUCUGGAUCAUGACGAAUGCCUGAUCAUCACGGGUACACAGCAGUACAGUAAAUACACUGGCUAUGCGCAGACGUACACAUUUUGCAGCAGCCAUCAGGACACAACUUUAAGAGAUGACUGGCAAAGACGAUGCACAGAGAUAGUUGCGAUUGAUGCUCUUCCGUUCAGGAACUACCUGGAGCAGUUUCGUCCAACAAGAAUAGAGCGGGAGCUCAAUAAGGCCUUCUGCGGCUUUGCCCGGCCGGGUGAACACAGCAACAACCUCUCCGCUGUGGCCACGGGAAACUGGGGCUGUGGGGUUUUCGGAGGUGACACUUGUCUUAAAGCACUGAUCCAGAUGCUGGCAGCUGCCGAGGCGGGACGCGACGUGGCUUAUUUCACCUUUGGAGACAGCCAGCUUGUGACAGAUGUCCACAGCAUGCACUCGUUCCUCACGCGGAGGUGCAUCACUGUCGGGGAGGUUUACGAUCUCAUGAUGCAGUACUACAGUGACGUGUGCAAGACCUGCAGUGGUCAGCACCCUGACGUCAGCCUGUACGCCUUCAUCUACAGACAGGUUGGCUCUUCCCCGCCUGCCCAGUGACUCCCUCCAGACAGCGCGUCCCCACGGAUGGCUAUUAAUGUCAGGUGACCCGUGAGUCACCGUGCCUUUGGAAUUAGUUUGCCUUUAAAACAUUCUGUUGAUAAUGGUCAUAAGCCUAAAUGUCCCAAAACUGCAGGUGAUUAGUGUGUACAAUCUGGACAGUGUUUAUUUACCUGCUAAUUUGCCAAUACAAUAAGUGUGUUUUUUUAAGCAAAGAUUGCCAUCUAUCCUCUGCCAUUUUGCCUUUUUUUUUUUUGUUACACCCACACAAAUCCAGUCUAAUUGAAUUGGCUGUCAGAAAUUGAGUUAGAGGCUAACUGGAACGGGCAUUGGAAAGCUUGGGAUUCAUCUCAGGCAAAAAAGACUUAUGGAGCAGAGUAAAUGUUAAUGGAUUCAGGCUGUAUACAAUACCCCAAUGGAUAACAUUUUUGAUGGAUUCUUAAUGUUUAGAAGAAUCCAAAUCGUGAAAAAAAUGAUGUAAUGCUCGUAUUUUAAGACAGAUUUGAUUCAUUUAAAUAAUAAAUGACAAUUCCUCCUGUCCUGUUGAUGUGA